AUGAACAUCGAUACAGACGUCCUCAUCAUCGGCGGUGGCUUCAGCGGCAUGUACGGGAUUUACUGGAUGCGCAAACUAGGCCUGAAAGUCAAGCUCCUCGAGGCCGGGUCGGACUUUGGAGGGACAUGGCAUUGGACCCGCUAUUCCGGCGCUCGCGUGGAUAGUGAGAGUCCCUACUACGCGUUAUCGAUUCCCGAAGUAUACAAAGACUGGGUCUGGAGCGAGCGGUUCCCUGGGCACGAGGAGCUGCGAAGGUAUUUCGCCCAUAUUGACAAAGUGUUGGAUCUUAGGAAAGAUGCAAUCUUCAAUGUGACGAUGACUUCGGCUUCUUUCGAUACCCAUCGCGGGCAGUGGACGGUUCGUUGCCACGAUGGGAGAUUUGCGAAAUGCAGGUAUCUGAUCAUGGCCACGGGUUGCAAUAGCAAGGUCUAUCGACCGGACUUGGAGGGCUUGCACAAGUACGAAGGGCACUUGAUCCACUCUGCACGAUGGCCAGAAGCAGAUGUUGAUGUCCGUGUAAAGCGUGUCUGUAUCAUCGGCUCAGGAGCGACUGGUGUGCAACUUGUCCAGAACCUUGCGGUCCACGCCUGUGAACUCACGGCUUGUGUCCGAACGCCCAAUACAGCCCUUCCUAUGCAGCAACGCCAGAUGACAGUUGGGGAACAGAGAAUGACGAAGAACUUCUACCAUUCCAUCCUUCGCAGCUCGCGAAACAGCUGGGGUGGUUUCCCCUACGAACCCCCAUGGAAAGAAUGGAGUUCAACAACCGCUGAAGAACGUCAAGAAUACUUCGAAGAGCUUUGGGUAAGGGGAGGAUUCAGCUUCUUCGUGUCCAACUACGCAGAGCUGCUCUACGACAAGAAGAUUAAUGCAGAAGUGUACGACUUUUGGGCGAGAAAGGUACGAGCGAUCAUCCACGACCCGGUCAAAAGAGACAUCAUGGCGCCUCUGGAGCAACGGCAUUGGAUCUUCACGAAGCGACCGUCUUUGGAACAAAACUAUUACGAAGUGAUCGAUCGUGAUAAUGUCAAAGUCGUGGAUCUUCACAGACAUCCUAUUAGGGCUUUUACUGAGAAGGGCAUCAUCUUCGCCGACAAUGACGAGCAAGACUUUGACAUCGUCAUCCUCGCCACGGGCUACGACAACGUCACAGGGACUUUGCUAGACGCCGGACUCAUCGACAUCGACGGAGCUCCCACAGCCCUCUCAAACGGCCCUCCUUUAGCUGAGAUCCAGAUCGAAUGGAUCGGCUCCGCAAUCGAAAAGAUGCGUAAGGAGAACAUCAAGUGCAUCAAUCCUACACUUUCUGCGGUGGAGGAAUGGCGCAAGACCGUGCAUGAUAUCUGUAAUCGCACACUUUAUCCGGAGACGACGAGUUGGUUCAUGGGUGCGAAUGUUCCUGGUAAGCCAAGGGAGGCUUUGAUUUACCUGGGAGGUUUGAACACGUACGGAAGCGUGAUUCAUGCCGCCCUGGACAGUUGGGAGGGCUUUGAGGUUGUCGAGGAAUGA